GUGCAAGUAUAUAUACAUUGAAGUGUGUGUUUAUUUGCUUGUCCAAAAACAAACUUAGAAUCAAGACAGCUUCAUAACACAACUCUCCUCUGGGCAUUUCUUGAAUUGGGUUUCAGUUUAAAUUCUUACAAGUCUAAAAUCUUGGCCCAAAUAAUGUAAUUGAGGACUUUCCUUUUGUAGCUGUGUAUAUAUCUAUAUAUACAUACACAUGUUUGAUUGUGUGAUAGCAGCCGCAUAGGGGUUUAUAGAAAUGCAUCUAGGUACUUGUCAACUCACUAAAUCUGGCUCCGCCAUGCCCACUUCAAGUGGCUCCGCCGGAGAUGCAGUUUCCGACCAGUUUCCGGUGGGUCUCCGGGUGCUUGUUGUUGAUGAUGACCCAACUUGUCUGAUGAUCUUGUAUAAGAUGCUUCUGUCUUGUCGCUAUAAUGCUACCAAAUGCAAUCGUGCGGACAUUGCUUUAUCCCUACUAAGGGAGAAAAAAGGUGGAUUUGAUAUUGUAAUAAGUGAUGUUCACAUGCCUGAUAUGGAUGGUUUCAAACUGCUUGAGCACAUUGGGCUGGAGAUGGACCUGCCUGUUAUCAUGAUGUCUGCUGAUGACAGUAAAAAUGUUGUGAUGAAGGGGGUGACUCAUGGUGCAUGUGAUUAUCUGAUAAAACCGGUUCGUAUUGAAGCCCUGAAGAACAUAUGGCAGCAUGUAGUACGCAAAAAGAAACAUGAGUACAAGGACUUUGAGCAGUCAGGAAGUGUAGAAGAUGGAGAUCGGCAGCAAAAGACCCCUGACGAUGUGGAUUACUCGUCUUCUGCAAAUGAGGGGAGUUGGAGAAGUUCAAAGAGAAGAAAGGAUGAGGAAGAUGACACAGAGGAUAGGGAUGAUACAUCUUCACAAAAGAAACCACGGGUUGUAUGGUCAGUCGAUCUUCAUAAGCAAUUUGUGGCAGCUGUUAAUCAACUUGGAAUUGACAAGGCUUUUCCAAAGAAAAUUCUUGAGUUGAUGAAUGUGCCCGGAAUCACAAGGGAGAAUGUAGCUAGCCACCUUCAGAAAUAUCGUAUAUAUCUUAGAAGGCUAAGUGGACAGCACCAGAGUGGACUUAGUAACUCCUUCAUGGGGUCCCAGGAAGCACCAUUUGGGUCCAUGCCUUCAUUUAGUAGCCUUGAGUUGCAAGCUCUUGCUGCUAGUGGUCAAAUCCCUGCACAAAGUCUUGCUACAAUCCAAGCUGCCUCACAUGGUAGGUCUGCCACAAAAUCUGCCAUUUCUCCCCUAGUUGAUCAAAGAAAUUUGUUUAGCUUUGAGUCCCCAAAGCUACAUUUUGGAGAGGGCCAGCGCAAUAACAGUACGCAAAUGAACUUCCUCCAUGGUAUCCCUACAAAUAUGGAACCAAAGCAGCUUGUCAGUUUGCAUCAAACUGCAAAUUCACUCGGAGGCAUGAUGCAAGGCACCCAGAGCAACCCGUUAAUGGUGCAGAUGGCUCAACCAUACUCAAGAGCACAGAAUGAAAGUAUUAGUAAUUAUGCAUCUAGGUUUCCAUCAUCCAUAGGGUUGUCAAAUGGGAUUGCAAGUGGUGUUAUUGGACGAAGUGCUUUAGUUGACAACGUUAAGGGACCAGUUUACAAUCAAGUCUCUCAGCCUUCCUCAAUAGCAGAUUUCUCUGUGAGCCGCAGUGAAGAUUUGUCGGGGACUGGUUUUUCUAUUGGGGGAAGUUUAGGGAGUUCACUUAUUUCAUCCAAAGGGGUGCUCCAAGGAGAGCCAAGCAUGGAAGUGAAAGAAUCAAGGGGAGAGGGUGCAAGUUAUGAUAUCUUUAAUGAUCUGCAUCAGCAGAAAUCUCAAGAUUGGAGUUUACGUAAUGUGGGAUUGACUUAUGACACGUCCCAACAUAUGAACAUGCAAGAAAACACUGAUGCUUCCUCGUAUUUAGUUCAACAAAGUUUUAUGGCUAACCAAGAUACUGCACACAGUAGAAACUCAUCAACUGGUAAGGAAGUGUUUCCUGGUGGGGACGAAAGAGCACAAAGGAAUGAACCAAUCAUAGGUCAGCAGCCUAAUGCACAUCACACUGACAACUCGUUCCGAGUCAAGGCUGAAAGUUUUCCCGAAACUAGCAAUCAGAAUACCUUAUUACCUGGACAUUAUGAUCAAGAUGAUCUCAUGAGUGCCCUAUUCAAACAGCAAGGAGUCGAAAGUGAGUUUGGUUUUGAUGGCUAUUCCAUGGACAAUCUUUCAGCAUAGCAUAUCUUCGGUUAUCCUAGCUUGUGACAUGUACAUAAUAUUUGUGCCGUGAAGAAGUUUGAAGAUUGCUUAAUCCAAAUGGUCUUCCAGCAAUUUGAAGAUGGUGAGAACUAUUAUGCUUGAAGUUUAUAAUUGCACCAUAUGCGAAGCAUAUGUUGGCCGAAAUUUUGACUGUUUUUAGGUAGGAACAAGCAUAUAACAUGGAAAGUCCGUAAAAGUAUGUUGGUUAAUGGAUAUGCAUAUCCUGGAAGACUCUAGAUAAACUUGUUGGGUGUCUGCAGACUACUGGAAAUUCAGUAGUUGAUUUUCUUUCAUUGUUAGCGAAAAUGGGAAAUCUUGGGUACAGAUAUUUUAGACUUAUUAUCAUUUGGAUAGACAAGGUUGCAAAUAUUUUGCUGGUGUGAUUUUUAUCUUUCUGA